AUGAAAAAUGAUAAUCAUACGGAAUCGGUUGGGCAUAUCCAAAUCCCGUUCCACUUGUCGAAACCAUAUUAUAAUUAUUUAGUAGAAAAAGAAGGAACUUUUGAUUUACGUAAAGAAGUAAUAGCUGUUGAAGUAGAAGACCGAUAA